GCCGGGCUUUUCCCUGGCUGGGGUGUUAGGUAGCAGAGAGCUUGAUUCUGUCUCCAGGCUGGAGCACUAGGUUUGGGGACUCAGCACUGAUGUUUCCCGGCCCUCCUAGGCGGACUGUCCUUGGUCUGCGUUGUUGGGAGCGAGUCAGGACCUUUUCGGACUUCGAAGGCCAGUCUGUGAUGAUUUACUUUCAUGCUGGGAUUUUCGGAGGGGUGUGGGGCUGACCGUGGUCCGGUGAUGGCUGGUUACGGAAUAAAAAGCGUUGCAAAUCCUUGCUGCUGGAAGUAGUGUUGAUUUACAAGUGGACUGUGGGUCACCCCUUGCAGGACUGAAGUUCUGGGAUUGUUUUGGGGGGUGGAGAAACUGUGGAGCUUUUUAUCGUUGUGGUGGUGUUCCCAGUUCAGUAACUGUGCCGAGAUGUGUGACAGGACUGGUUCGUUCUCCGGUUCAGGUUGACUGUCCCAGCCUGCUCUUCUCCUGGUCAAAAGAAAUUAGGAAAGUACAGAAUAGAGGCAGCAUUUGGAUGAUCUUUUCUAGUAUUUUCCUUCAUGUCCUUCUUCAUAGUUUCUGAUGAAGAACAAUCAGUAGUAUAUGUUCCAGGAAUUUCUGCAGAAGGAAAUACCAGAUCAAGACACAAGUUAAGUCCAAAAGCUGAUGUUAAACUUACAACUUCCAGGGUUACUGCCGCUUCAAUCUCCAUGGAGUCUUUAAAAGGUGCAGGAGAUUCAGUAGACGAACAGAAUAUCUGCAGGGGAGGACUAAAGAGUGUGUCAUUGAAGGAUUUGUGUCUUGAAGACAAAAGACGCAUUGCAAAUUUAAUUAAAGAAUUGGCCAGAAUAAGUGAGGAAAAGGAAGUGACAGAAGAACGAUUCCGAGCCGAGCAGGAAUCAUUUGAGAAGAAGAUCAGGCAGUUGGAAGAACAGAAUGAUCUGAUCAUCAAAGAAAGGGAAGCUCUUCAGCUACAGUAUAGAGAAUGCCAAGAACUUCUAAGUCUCUAUCAGAAAUAUCUAUCAGAACAGCAAGAGAAGCUCACCAUGUCUCUCUCAGAACUUGGUGCUGCUAGAAUGCAGGAACAACAGGCAUCCAAUAGGAAAAGCACUCUUCAGUCUUCAGCUAUGGAACUAGAUGGUUCCUACUUGAGUGUAGCCAAAUCACAAACCUGCUAUCAAACCAAGCAGAGGCCUAAGUCUACAAACCAGGACUCCGCUUCAGAAGCCCUUCGGGAUUUUAGGAAUAAUUCUUUGAAACCAGCAGACUUUCAUUAUCCCGAAACAGACCUAGACAGGGUGCCGUCAGAGACCAGAACAUGUGAUUAUGGAUCCCCAGGGAGAAAACUAGCAGAUGCAGUCCCUACAGAGAAGGUUCCACCAGCGGAAUUGAAGAUGAAAGAAUGCCAAACCCUGAAGCCUAUUCCAUCCAGUCAGUGUUGUGGUCAUAGACUUUCUGAAAAUGCAGAUCCUAUUCCUGAAAGCCAUCCUACACACAUGGCCCCUCAAUAUUCCAGAACACAUCUGGAAUCAUGCAGUUAUUGUGGGCUUUCCUGGACAUCCCGGAUGCAUGGUCAAGGGACACAGCAGUCUAGUGAAACUGAUGUCAAAAAGCAACUCUCAGAAAAUAGAAGGCACCAACUUAUGCUUCAGAAAAUGGAGCUGGAAAUUGAAAAAGAGCGCCUUCAGCAUCUGCUGACCCAGCAGGAGACAAAGCUUCUCCUAAAACAGCAGCAGCUUCAUCAGUCUCGACUGGAUUAUAAUUGGUUAAGAACUCAAGCUGCAUUUAAGUCAAGAGAACUCCUUGCUGCUAAAGAGUUUACCAAACCCCAAGAGUUCAAUCUGGAUAUGAAUGGGGAUGACUCUGGACCAAGUUUAUUGAAGUCAAAAUGUGAUGGCUGGCUGCUGGGAGCAUCAUCAUCCAUCAAAAAACACCAAGAGUCCACUAACAGUGGUGAGAAUAGAAAAGAGAAGAAGACAGUUGGGUUUCAAUCACAUACAGAAGAUGAUACCCUAUGGACAUGUCAAAAGAAAGAUACAUAUCGACCCCAAAGAGGAACAGUGGCAGGAGUUAGAAAAGAUGCAUCCACAUCUCCUAUAACAAUAGGAAGCCAAAAGGAGCUUGGAAUCACAAGCUCAUCAGCGCUGCAGCACGACUUUUCUCGGUAUGAGACCUCUCUGCUGGAUUUGGUUCAAUCUCUGAGUCCAAAAUCUGCUCCCAAACCUCAACCCCAUCCCUCCAGAGAAGCUGGGGCCUGGAUUCACAGUAAUCGCCGACUCAGUCCUCGGAAAUCAUCCUGGAACAAGAUGGGGACAGGCAGGACCCCCGAAGACCUGGAGGAGAAUCAAAUUCUGGAAGAUAUCUUUUUCAUUUGACGUUGAAACACACGCUACAAAAUUUCCAUCUGAAAUGUGUGGGCUUCUUUAUAUCCUGAUCUAGGAUUUUAAAUUAUUUGAUCGCAAACUAACCGUGUCUCUCCUUUCACAGGGGCCUCUCUCACUAACAUCCUGUUAUGUGUUGAACAUAGAAAUCAUGUCACAAACCCAGAGUGGUUUUGAUCAGACCCUUCAGUAGGUGACACAUUAAGGGCAGAGUGGGGGAUUGCAGUAUCUUUUCUGUGCCAAGCAGAGAUUAGAAAAUUAACAUAGGACCCUUUCUACACUCAAAGGACUUUACAUAUUCAGCCUCAUUUCCAGAGUGUUUCCUUCUCAAUACUUAGUGGGAAAAGGUUGGUUCUCUUUCAUGCACAAGGAAGACCUUUUCACAGAAAAAUCCCUCUGAUUUAAAAGUAGCCCCUUUGCAACAUAAGCAGUUUCAGAAAGACACUCCCUUUACUUCUCCACCUCACCUUUACCUCUGUUCCCUCAUUGCCUACCUCUGUAUACGUGUAGUCAUUUAAUUCCGUAGUUGGAGUUGGUGUCCCUACCAUCGCAAGCAACACCGACAACCAAUUGCGAGUCAGUUCCAGUAAUCAUCAGCCGUAACCAAAGGGCACAGUGGGCUAGAGGGAGGGCCCCAACCAGUCCUUGGAAACCAGCAUUAAGUCACAACAUAAGGUGACUGCCCUCAGGAAGUAAAAUGGAGACACAGGCCUGACAUGCUUUUCCUGCCAUCCACCCAUUUCCCAGGAUAAAUAAAAGCAACAGCUCAGUACUUUUUACUGACUUAAGUGUCUGUAUUUGUGAGCUGCCCAUGGCUGUCUCUGGAGAAGAUGCCACUAGAGAGAGGAGCAUCAGCUGCCACAGGCUGAGAGGCCUUCCCUGGUCCUCCCUCUUACCUCAUGAGGAUCAAAGGCCCUAGCUUGAUCGUGCCUUUGAUGUGCUCUGCUCAGGCUAUUGUCCCGUGACUCCAAAGAAACAUCUCUACUUGCUAGAUUCUCCUCCUCCACUCCCAAGCAGAAUCUCCCUAUCUUUUCCACUCCUCCCUUUGACGCAGAGAAGGCCUGUCGAAAAAGUACACUUGCAACCUCAUUCUCUCUCUCCUCCUAUUUGGCAGAGCUCUUAAGAUGGGUCCUUCAGCUUACAGUGGGCUCCAGUGGGUUCUCAUGCCCCUGGGCAGCAUGAUGAACCUGGUAGAGCCCGUUAGUUGAUGACUUCCAGUCACUGGAAGUAAGGAAGGUGUGUCCCCAGAUGUGUCUACUUGGUGACCUUAUUUGAUCUGUUCUGUUUCUCUCUCCCUUUCACCCAAACCCAGGCUUGAAGUGGGACCAAGAGUCUGUCAGUCAGCAUUGGUAGCCAAGGUUAGACCACCCAGGGUAAAUUGCAUUUAGUGAGCCUACAGGGCUUCCCUAAAGUCUUUAUCAAAACUAGAUUAUCUCAGCCUACAAAAACCUUGUUAAACAGAUUCUUUAUGUGGAUGGAUUGAAAUCUCGUGUCUCUUCUGCCUGAGGUGCUACCCCCUCUACUCCGCCUUCCUCCACUUGGGUCUUUUUGCUCUUUGAAGAGAAGAAUGGGAUCUACCAACACCAGUCCUUCAUCUGAGGUCAGGAUUGACUAGUUUUAGCAUCCAGUUGAAAAGUUGAAAAAAAACAGCAGAUUAAAGUAUCCUUUUAAAGUUCACCCUGUGACAGGAACUGAGUCAAUUUCAUCCCAUCCAGAAAGCAUUUGGAAAAUUGUGUUUACUUUGGUGUGGCAAAUUUGGGAGAAAAAAACUGAGAGCCCUCAGCCAUUUUCUCAAAUUUAGGUUUCUAGAACUAUCUUUUACUUGCCCCAGGUGUCAAGAGCACCUUAAGUACAUCCAGUUCCCUUGGAUCAGCCAUAAGCACACACCGCAUUUGUCGCCAGUGUCUUUACAGAUCUCUAGAAUAAGACAGUGCCAGCAGGACUAAGAAAAGGAUUAUGCUUUCUUUAAGAAGCUAGUUUUCCUUUGGAAGAAUGCUAAAUGAGACAUAAACUGAGGGAAUUUGGCAGGGGGCGGUGGUGGUCACGUGCCACAGAUUGGAGUUUAAUUGCUUCUCCCCCUGCAUGAGCAGUUUGGAAGAGCAAAGAUGGAUUUUCAGCAGAGUGUCAAACAACAUAUUUUUCAUAUGCUCCCUCCCCACACCAGUUGCCUUUCUCUGUCCUAUAGGCAUUUCCUGUGUGUCAGGGCAAUAGGAUGUGAAUCCGUGUCUAAUCCAAUGUCUUCCUUAUGAACUGAAUGGCGUGUGUUAACAUCUUCAUUUGUCUGACUUUGAGAUACCUAUAUAUAUGAAAAGGUGGUUGUAGAGCCUUGAGGCUGUUGUGGAGCCCAGAAGCUUGACCUAAUUGCAGAUAUCCUACAGAGAGAGGGUCUGACACAGAGGAGUCAGCCUUUCCCUGGUAAAGUGCUCGCAACAAUGUCUGGUUGCCUCCGCUGCUUCCUCAGAGCAAGACUAGACACAUAUUAGGGGUGCUGCAGAUAAUGCCGCCACACUGCCCACCCUGCUGCCCACCACUCUGUGAGAGAAAAACCCGUCAAUGUUUGCAAAAUGGGACAGGCCAAAGUAGGUCCGGUGAAGCUCCUACAGGGCCCAAAGUGCUUGAUUUAGGAAACAAAGGUCAAUCAAGGAAAAGCUUUGCUGACAGUCAUCCUUCCCAUAGGUACACUUGUGUCAUCCAGACUGGACCUGCAUGGUGAGGACUUAGCUAGAAAACCCCAAAUGUCUUGGGGAAAGGAGGUAGUCUCUCCUCCCUCAGAGCCACUCUUUUCACUUGGCCCUGCUCCCAGCACCAUGUCCAGAGACUCUGAGAAGGGACCGGCAGAAAGGAGAGAAGCUGGAGGAAGUCCGUGGUCAUUAGUGACGUGGAUGGAGGCUAUGGUAGACCCCUCUCAGCGCAUGCCUUAUCUCACCUUGGAGAGUAUCAUUUUUAAUGUGGGUAACUGUUUAUAUACAUACGAGAUUUUAAGUUAAUAAAUUAUCUCCAUGGAUA